AUGGCCGUUUUGGGCCCUCUGCUCGGAGCUUCUCCUUUGGUGGAACUGUGCGGCCCUGGGCACCCAAUGCAACCAGCACAGUCGGUCCCUGGACGACCUGGCACGCACCACCGCAUGCCUCCUGCUGGCCUCCUCAGGAGCCCGGGCUGCUUCAAAGCCUGCAGUGUGGUGGGCUCCUGGGUGUGCCCAUGGCCCCUGGCACACAGCGACUCUGAGAAUGUCUAUGAGGCCAUCCUGGACGUGCAGGGCCCGCAGUGGGAGGAGAGCCCGGAGCAGCAGUGCGCUUCCCUUCGGGUCUGCGCGGCCUUCACUGGGGUUUCUUUCUUCGGGGGCAGCCCUCCCCCUGGUGGCCAGGGUGGGGAACAGCACCCGGCGGACGGGGACGCAGGCGGGGCCCUGUGUCCCCUGGCUCUGCCUGCAGGCAGGCAGCUCCUCUGGGGUGGCCGCUCAGGGAGCGGGGGAAGCCCGGCGAAAGCCUCAGAGGCCCCUCCCCCGAGGCCACAGUCCUUAUUUCUGGGUGCGGUCACCGUCCUGCCCCAGAGGCGGGAGAGCGGCGGGAGCCCGCUGCUGCUGCUGCCGGCCACCGGCCACUGGGAGGAGGAGUUACGGCCCAGCUGCCACUUCUUACCCAAACAGCCCGGGAGGUGCCGCACUGGAGCAGGCGGCCUGCACGGGAAGGAGCCCAGGGCCCUCGUCCUCCCUCCUCCAGGAACUGGCAAACUCCAAGGGAAGCCCGAGGUGGCUGUGACUGAGAUACAGCAACUGGCCUCGGGACAGAUCCACCCGUCCUCUCUCGGGGCCGGCCAGGGGCCUUUGCAAAGUGGGGUGGAUGAACCCCCGGAGCUUGUGUACGCGAACGUAGCGAGGCAGCCUCGGGCCUCUCGCCGGGCGCGGCCGCGGCCCCCGCCCAGCCCGGGGUGGGAGACGCACACAGGCACCAGCACCGGCGCCCCCUACUGCUACAACCCGGACACGGGCCUGACGACCUGGGAGGAGUCGCCCUUUGAGACUGCUGAGGUCUCCGCUAUCCCAGCCACCUCCGCGACCUCCGUGGGCAGCCGCGAGAGCCUCGAGACCGAGUGGAGCCGAUGCUGGGAUGAGCAGAGCCGCGGGGUGUUCUUCUGCGACCGUGCCACCGGCGACACCGCCUGGGCGGAGAUGCGCCGAGACUGGCCCCGGCAGCCCCAGGGACCAGAGGGCGAGGGGCGGGGCUAUCUGCCGUCCCUCUGGCCCCGCCUCCUGCUCCACCCAGCCCCAGGGACCCAAUGGCAAGGGGGUGGGCUGGUCCCUCAGCCCCCCAGCCCCGAGACGGACUACCCUGAGUUGCUGACCGGUUACCCGGAGGAAGACUUCCCCGUGGGCUCCCUCGGUGAGCCCGGCGCCACCUCUCCCUUGACCACACCCCGCGGCCGGUCUUGUCGCAUCAGCCAAGACAAGCAGAAGCUUUACACCAACAGCUUCACCCCAGAGCAGGUCCCUGUCCCUGCCCCUCGAAGCAUGCACAAAUCUAGCCAGGACAGUGACACUCCAGCCCAGGCCAGCCCUCCCGAGGAGAAGAUCGAGACCCUGGACAAGGCAGGGCUGCCGCAUCGCACCAGGGCGGUGGACAAGGGAAAGCGGCUCCGGGGAGACCACAGUGCGGUAGCAGGCCCAUUGGAGCUGAGGGCUCCCUGUGACCCUGCCCACCCUUCCUCCCUGUCCCACAGAGGCAGCCUUCCAGGUUCUGCACCCCUGAAUCUCCUUCCCUGUCAGUUCCAGAGGCCGGGGCUGUCCCUCAGGAAGCUUCCCUCGCUUAGUUUUUUGCAGGCCAGCGCUCUGGGUGAGGCCUGCCACAUCCUGCGGGGGCUCAUGUGGAGGUGGCUACGGAGCCACAAUGGCUCAGAGUACCUGAUCCAGCAUGACUCAGAGGCCAUCAUCAACACCUGGCACAAGGCCAUCGCCGAGGGCAGCCAGCAGCUGUCGGAAUUAGAAGCUCAGUACUGGGAGCCAUAUGCUGGGUUACAUCUACAGGAGCUGAGGAAAAUACAGGAAGAGGGGCCAGGCACUGGGAGGCAGCUGAAGGAGGCCAAUGUGCUGAGGUUCCAUAGUAGAGGUGCGCUCACCCUGGGCCCCAGGGGUCUGGGGAGCGCAAGUUUCUGCAGGGGCAGCCCAGGCUGCAGUCGCUGCGGCAGAAGGGCCACCUCAAAGGUACCGGCUUGCAGAGGGCGCGCGAGGGUGGCGCAGGGCCGGGCGCUGACGAGCCUCCCCCGCACCAGGUUCAGCCGCGCGCUGGCCGCGCUGUGCGAGCGGGAGCGGAGCCGGAGCCGCGCUUCGUGCCACGUGGGUCGAGGGCUGGACGUCGACGGGCUGUACCGCAUCAGUGGAAACCUGGCCACUAUCCAGAAGCUGCGCUGUAAGGUGGACCACGAUGAGCCUCUCGACCUGGGCGACCGACGCCGACGCUGGGAGGACGCGCAGGUUAUCACGGGCGCGCUGAGGCUCUUCUUUCGGGAGUUGCCCGAGCCCCUCUUCCCCUUCUCACACUUCUGCCAGUUCAUCACGGCCAUCAGCGCGCACCUGCCGGAGGCCCAGCGCAGCCGCUGUGUGCCUGACCUGGUGGGCUCGCUGCCCGCCCCCAGCCGGGACACGCUGCGGCCGCUCUUCCAGCACCUGUGCCGGGGGAUCGAGCACGGCGAGCAGAAACGCAUGUCGGUGCAGAGCGCGGCCAUCGUGUUCGGGCCCACGCUGCUGCGGCGGACGGAAGAGACCAGCGUGCCCAUGACCGUGGUGUUCCAGAGCCAGGCGGCGGAGCGCAUCCUGCGGCCGUGCUCGGAUACCUGCGACUGAGUGCGGAUGGAGGCCACCCAGCUGGACUUCACAGACCCUCCGCCUCCCCCGCGUCUGCAGGCGGUUGUGACGUCCUCACCCCUCGGUUCCGAGGCUAUGGUGACCCCUGGUGGGCAGUUCACAAAAUGUGACUUUUCUGAAGCAUGUCCUGUUUGGGGUAAUUGGGUUCUGCUUUGUAGCGCAGUGCCGCCCCCUGUGCGCAUGCGACAGCGUGCGGGUGAGUGUUCUGGGAGAGACCACCCUGGGAGGAGGAAUUUGCUGAGGGGGCUUCCCGGCUUCUUCGGGCCUUCCCCUGAAUGAGGCCUUCACCAAGACCCCGUGUGUCCCAGACCUGUGCGGACCAUGAAGCAGCUAAGACAACUGCCCCGCUGCCCAAACAGGACUGACCCGGCCUCCAGCGUGGGCAGCCGGACCUGCCUUCCUCAGGCCUCAGGGAUGACGCUGCCGCGGGCCCCCUGGCAGGCUGGCUGCGGCCCAGUUUCACCUGCUUUCCCGUUCGGGCUCCAUGCUCCUGCCCUCCCUGACCCGCUGGUGUUCUGUGCAAGGGUGCUUCAUGUUGGCUAAGUGUGCCCUCUGAACCUGCCACUUGACGUGCACCAGUUCCACACACCGUCCCAUUUUACAGAUGAGGAGACUGAGGCUUGCAGAGGCAAAGUGACUUCUUCAGGGCCCAGUAGAUGAUCUGACUCCCCAGAAAAGGCUCCUCUCACACUAGAGCACAGCCGGGGGUGGGGUGGGGGCCCUCUAGCUGUCAAGUACCCUUGCCUGGUGCCCACCUAACCUGAAGAGUUGGGAGAGGCUGCGGGGUGGGGCAAAGGAGGACACAACCUCAGGACAGGAAGUGUAAACCCUAGGGGUCCGCAGCCCCUCCCUCCUCAGACACGAGCCACCUCAGUUUACAGAUCUUGGCCCCCUGCCCUACUCACCUGUUCAUUUAUUCAAAAAAUGACAGCUACUAUUUAUUGGA